AAUUUGUAUGUGAAGAUUUGAAUAUCACUGUUGAUAUUUUUCAUGGCGCGAAUAUUGCGGUAACCGUCUGCUGCACUUGUCGGAAUGUUUGAAUGAGCGGCUCGUAUUUUCUGUGGAAGUACGAUAAUCAUUCUUUGGAAGUUAUAUGUAUUUAUUUAUGUGACUGGUUUUAAACAAACCUUUCCAAAAAAGCAAUAAUUUUGAAAGUACAUCUGAUACUGAAGGAUACAUUGAAGUAAUUAUAAAAUAAAAAAAUGUCAUUUCGCGGUCGUGGAGGUGGAGGAUUUGGAAGAGGCGGUGGAGGAGGAGGAGGUGGCGGAGGUGGAUUUAGGGGCGGAAGAGGAGGUGGAGGAUUUCGAGGAGGACGUGGAGGUGGUGGAUUUGAUAGAGGAGGAAGAGGAUAUGAUCAAGGUCCACCAGAACAAGUGACUGCAUUAGGUCGUUUCACAUGGACAGUUCAAGAUGACCUAGUUGCUAAAGUAGACAUAGAACAAGUACCUUUUUUUAAUGCUCCAAUCUAUACAGAAAAUAAACAACAGGUUGGAAAAAUAGAUGAAAUAUUUGGUAAUAUCAGGGAUUACUAUGUGUCUAUAAAACUAUCAGAGAAUAUAAAGGCAUCCAGUUUUCAUAAAGAUACACAGUUAUUCAUAGAUCCAGCAAAAUUAUUACCUCUACAAAGGUUUCUGCCUAAACCUCCUGGAUCAGAACAAAAAAGAGGCGGUGGCGGUGGCCGAGGGAUGAAAAGAGGUGGUGGAGGACGUGGUGGUGGUGGCCGAGGUGGCGGUAGACCAUCAUUUGGACGUGGUGGUUUUGGCAAUAGAGGAGGUGGAGGUGGUGGUUUCAGAAGUCGUGGUGGAGGCGGCGGUGGCGGAGGAGGAGGAUUUGGAAGAGGUCGUGGAAGAGGAAAGUGGUAGAAGAAUAAAGAUUAUAAUAAAUUUUUACAUAAAGACAUAUGAAGUGAUAAAGAUACCUUACUUUCAUUAAAAGAAUAUCAACUUCUUUAGUGAUAUAAACGUUUCUUAUAUUUUAUGUACAAUCAUACGUAUAUUUCACUGAAAUAAAACUUCUCAUUGUUACACUUCA